GUGCCGCAGUUCACUCCACCACCGCCGCCCCCCAAGAUACAUCAGGUCCAACCAAAUAUAAGCCAGGCCGCUGUUGCCUCCUCGUUGCCACCACCGCCUCCUCCUGUGCCUGCCCCACCACCACCCCAGGCACCCCCAAAGCCUGUCAUGGCAGCUCUGUCCCCUCAGCCUAGCGGGAAGGCAGCAUCACCAGGGGUCACACAUGUCACUCCCCCUGUGACUGCAGCCUUGCCCCUUGCAAUAAAGAAACAACCAAGUAUCACUUCUCCCCAGGUCCCUCCUCUGCCCCCGGCCCCUCCUGGCCCCACUCCCCCUGCAACAUUCCCAAAGCAGCAGAGUUUCUCAGUAAAGCCUCCUCCGUCCCCUCAGUCCCCAGUGCCAUCGGUGGUGAAGCAGAUAGUCAGCCAGUUCCCCCCUCCUCCCACGCCACCUGCCACUGAGCCCCAGCCUCUGAAACCCCUUCCGCUGAGUGUGGCUCCACAGUCGCCUCCAGCAGUGAAGGCAAAGCCCAAAUGGCAGCCUGCUGCUGCUCCUUCACCAGAUUUCCCCCCUCCUCCACCUGAGAGCAGUUUAGUGUUUCCUCCUCCACCUCCUUCCCCAGCUUCCUCUGCAGGUUCUCCCCCGCCUGACAAAUCAGGGUCUCCAGUAAAAAAGGCCAGCAAGACAUCAAGCCCCGGAGGGAAGAAACCACCUCCAACACCUCAACGCAACUCCAGCAUCAAGUCCACAAGCUCCGCUGAGUACCAUGAGUCCAAGAGGCCUUCAGUGGACCGCCUUGUCAGCAAAUUUGCACACUCCCCAGAGCCGUCAGGAUCUCCUUCCAAGGAGUCAUCGCCUCCUCCAGCCCCUCCGAAACCAGGAAAGCUCAACCUUUCUGGUGUGAGCCUGCCCAUUGUCCUUCCACAAGGGGGAAUGCCAGCCAAGGCUUCUGCUCCGAGUGUGUCUGGAAAGGAACCUGUAGUUGAAUUCCCUUCACCACCAUCUGAUUCAGACUUCCCACCACCACCCCCUGAAAUAGAUCUGCCUCCCCCUCCAGUAGAAAUUCCAUCUGUGUUUUCAGGCAGCACCUCCCCAAAAGUCGCUGUUGUCAAUCCCCAGCCGCAGGCGUGGUCAAAACCAUCUGUGAAAAAAGCCCCACCGCCCACACGGCCCAAGCGGAACGACAGCACCCGACUGACACAGGCAGAGGUUGUGGAGCCCCCGGGGUCAGCUGGCCCACAAGUGCCCACAUCACCCAAGUCCAGCCUUAGCGUUCAGCCGGGAUUCCUGGCAGACCUCAACCGGACGCUGCAGCGGAAAUCCAUCACGCGGCACGGCUCGCUCUCCUCCGCACGCAUGUCCAGAACGGAGCCCACGGCCACCAUGGACGACAUGGCCCUGCCUCCGCCCCCGCCAGAGCUGCUGGCUGACCAGCAGAAGACCAGCAGCUUUGGGGGCAGUCAUAUAUCUGGCUAUGCAACGUUACGGAGGGGGCCGCCCCCCGCGCCCCCCAAAAGGGAUCAGAACACCAAGCUGUCACGGGACUGGUAGUCAGUCCCCAGAUCCAGUGCUCUCCGUGACUUGUGGGCUGCUCUGAUCGGCCAGCCCAUGAUCCCGUGCAUGUGGAGAGGAUGUGGGGAUGUGGAUGAUAGUCCCCUUGAAAGAGGUGAUCUCAAACUGCAGCUGUGGCUAAAUGUAAAGACAUUCCCCUUUCAUGGCUAGAUUAAGAAAGAUGGGGACUUAGGGGUGUUGAUACUUUAUUGGGAAAAGUGGGUAGAGAGGUGUUGGCUUCAUUCUUUCAGUUUCUUUUACCCUUCUUAUGGAUUGGACCAAACCCCCGUUUUCUUACUUUUUCUGCAUUUAGGGGAGGGGGAGGGAGAUAAUUUUUUUUGUAGUGUCUGUCCACGUGAGACAUGUUUGUGCAUGUAUAAUAAGUGUAGGUAUAUAAUAUAUUGUGAUAUAUUUCGUCGCAAUUAUAGAAGAUAACCAGAAUGUUUUUGUAGAACCGUAUUUAUUGUUUCAGUCAGUAUAUUAUCUGGAAUCAGACUCUAACUGGUCAAAUCUUACCAUAAAGAUGGAGAUGUAGGGGGCACUUUAAAGAAAGGAAAUAAAAACCCAAAGCCACAAACUUCUCAGCAGUUUGUGCUGGGUAAAUUCUGCAAAGCUGAGGUGUUCGGCUGGUAACUGUAUGUUGUCCAUUGAUUGAAAAGUACAGAUGCAACAUACCAAAACAUUCUGGUCAUAAUACUACUGAAAAUGAGUAUGUUCAGAGGAAAGAAAUAGAUUUUAUAUAUAGUGGGCUGGAGUGAAAUAUAUUUAUACUAUAAAGAGCCUCCCCCUCCUUUCAAAUAGUUUAAAAAAUAUACACUGAUAGAAAUUAUUUCAAACUUAUUUGUCCAUGCAGUUAAGUAGGAUAAAUAUAUAUUAUUCCAAACCAUUAUGCAUUCUAACUGAUAAUAGGCUCCAUCAUUUGUUUCUAUGGCUCAAGAUGAAUAUAUUUGUGUUAACCCCUUCUGAAAGCUGCCAGGACUCCUGCAAUUGAAAAUCCUGCCAACCCCCAAGGCUGACCCACGCCGAUCCGUGAGCUGUCCGUGUAACUCUUACCCUGAAUGAACAGGUAGGUUUCUGUAGAAAGUGCUGUGUGCUCACACAGGCAUGCACAGCGUCCAGUCUCACCUGUUCUGGGCCUGGUAAGAUGCAGUGUCUUCACAAAAACAAGUGUCUGGAAAUGUGUGAAGAAAGUGUUGUCAUUGAUUGGAAAUUGUCAGGAAAAUUUCCCUUCUGGAAAGAGAGAAGGGAGCAGCAAUUUCAGGACAAGGAGAGUAAGAAUUCUCUCUCUUUUCUUUGGCCUGCCAGAGACUGUGACCAGUGCAUUCACCUGUACUACAAAGUUGCACUUCUAGCAGUCGAGGAAGAAGACUGGAAAAAAACAACCUUAAAGAGGCAAUAACAUUUGCUAAGAAUUUCAUGUAAGGGCCCGUAUGAUUAGACAGUAGACUGUUGGUUUGCUUGGUUUUUGUUAGUCACCGAUUCACAGUCGGUCACCACAUCAAGCAUGAAUGACAGUCCUUUUUCUUCAGUAGCUACUUCAGUAGCUUGAUUGUACAGUCUUACCCACAUAUUCAGACCUUGUGAUAAGGCAGUGUAAGUGGUCCUGUGUAUCACUGCACAUUCCUUGCAGGGUGGUGGGACACAGCCUUUGUAAAACAACUAAAAUACUUGGACUGUAACUACCCCAUCUUCAGCUGUUACAGCUUCCCUUGUCAGCAUGGGGAUAUUGUCAAUACGUAGUAUCAACAGGCUCAUAGGGCAAAUAAUUUCACUGUUUGCCUACUUUUUCCCAAAACCAAACUUCAAAUGCUUUCUUUUUCCCAAAGAAUGAAACAAAGACAGCAGCUUGACCUGGCAGUAUCUUCACAUGUGUAAAACCAAUAUAAACUAAUCUUUCAUUAAAGUAAUUCAGGAUGAUACAUUUAAGAAAUAUUGUGACAGUGUCUCCCAUUCCAUUUUUUUAUUGACUUUUUUUUCUAAAGUCCAAAUAAUGGAACAAUUGUCUUUGUGAAUAUUUUAUGAAUAGGAAAAGAAGUUUUGCUAAUUUGAGCUGGAAAAUUACACAUCUAUAACUAUAUAGUUUUAAAAAAGGUGCAUCAUGAAAAGAGAAAAAUUAGUGGUGCUGUCUCUGCUGAACUGUUUCAUAUGAUUUUUUUAAAAUCUGUUUCAGCACCUCUGGAAAUUGUUUUAAUAUUUCAGACUAGAUUUUUUGAGCAAUAAGAGUAUAUACCAUUAUGUGCAUUUUUAAAGCACUGCUAUGGAAAGGCACUUUUUUGUAUCUUUGAAAUUGUUCACCAAGUUUUGUUUCUACUAUUUUUGUGCUUACAAAGUGUCCUUAAAAGCAUUUGCAUUGUUGUUUUAAGCAUGCUCAGUGUAGCUGGUGACUAACUUCACAGGAGGGUUGUUAAGCUAUACUGCAGUUCAUGGGUGCUGUAAUUUUCACAUUGCUCCUCCUGCUGCUGUGUCCUGUGUGCAGCUCCUGGGGCUCAGACACACCAGAGGGCAAAAGGUGCUCGCUGCAGCUGUAACUGCUGUGCCCAUAGCCAUGAUGGGGAGGUGGGCACAUUCUCCUGCUCCUGGCAACAGGUGCUCCCAGGUGAGAGCAGUCAGAGAAUCCUGCUUGCCCCAUCUGCUUUUCUUUCCCCAAGACAGCCUCACUGGUGUGUGUCAGUUCCGGGCCUUUUACUGUAGCUCAUUCAGUGCGGGUACCUCUGGGCUUUGGACUCGGCACAUCAAUGUUCUGAGUGCGGUUUCUUCAGAGGCAUUUCAGCUUUGUUCUCUUUUUCCUGUGACCACAUUUAUUUCCCUGGUAUCUCUCCCUAGACAAUUAAUCCUUGCAGGCUGCCCGCAGGUGCUGGGAGACAGUUGUGCAACUCUGAAGUCUGCAGCAAAAAGAAUGAAUGUCUGCAAAGGUGGCAUCCUGUAUUGCUUCUAGUUAGGGUUUCCUUCCUAAGGCAGUGGUGAUCCAGUGAGUGGUGCUGCUUGUUUUCCCUCAGCUGAGCGUGGAAAUUUGCCUACAGUGUGCUUCAGACAACCCGAUUGCCUUUUCAGGUUAUGAGAUACCCUGCGUUGUAACUUGCUUUUCCAGUAUAUUUACUGAUUUUGUGACAGUGAAUAUUUAAACCUUAUUUUGCAAGUAAGUUGUUUUCCCCCAUGUGCAGUCAUCUCAUAAUUGCACGAUAAUAUUUAUUAAAUCAGAAAAUUAAGGGGCUGGAUUUCAGACACCCAGGAAGAGGCUUCCUGCUACAAAUAUGGACAGUAAUACUUUUGGCAGUUUUAAAAUGGGCAUGUGAAGGCUGAGUGUUCCUACUCCCGACACAAAAGUGCUUUGAUCUCAAAAUACACAGAGUGUACAGCUGGAGUUGUAUUUCAUGAGGCAGAGCACAGGGUGGCACUUGUUAAGGUGGCUGUCAGGGGACCCUGCUGCUGCAGGGGCACCUGUGAGGGCUCAGCUGUGUUUGUUACUCUUUUCCUCCUUCAGUCUUCAUUUCCCCUCUGCUCUGCAGCGUAGGUGGCAUCCCCCUCUGAGUAGCAAAGCCCAGCUCAGCCAGGUGUCUGUGCCCACAGCCCAGGUGCAGAAAGCAGGGAGCUAUUCUCAGAUGCUUACAUCGCCAUUCAGGUGCUGGGGAGUUGCUUUGAAAGGGAAAAUUAGGCUCUUCUAGCAGCACUAAGCUUCGAUGAAAUUACUUAUAAAACUAAAAGAAACCACAGGAUCUAAACAAACCAUAGGUAACAUGUUUCAGGUGGCCAUGCUUGGGGCCAUUUACUCUUUUAACAUCUGUAGCUGGGAGAGGAAGUUAGGCACAAGUGUCUGAAUCAUUCUCUUAUUUUCUGGGGAAGAGGAAGUUUCCUGCUUCACCCUGCACAGUGGUUUUCUCCUGUGGCAAACCACCCCUGACUGCUCUGACUUGGUGAUGACCUCAAAGCCAAAGAGCUCCUCUCCUCACUUACUCUGCACUUGUCUGCAGGGCAACAGUGAGGGACACAUCAAGGAAGCAAAGUGCUGGUACCUGGAUUCUUUGGUUUCAGGUCUGAGGGGAGAGGAAGCAGUUUUUUCAACAAGUGCAUUUUAACAUUUACUGUUCUGGGCUUGCACAUUUAUAGGUUUUCUAAUUCCUUCUUCCUGUGCCCUUAGGCAACCAGAUAAAUCAUAUCAGCUCAGAGAUAAAGUGUGGCCAGUCUUCCUCUCACUUAAAUUUUUUUUUCCACAGUUUAAGGAACCAAAAGUGCCAUUUCAACAGCAGAAGGGCAAAAAUAAAUUUUCUGCUUUUUACAGAAAACAGCAUAGAACCAAAUUGUUUUGCUACAAUGGUACUAUCGCAGGUAAAUUUGUUUCUUAUUCAAAGUAAGAUUAUAAGUGGGUCCUAAUAUGAGUAUUAUUUAAACUAGUGUCAUGUUAAAAUCAGUUGCACUCCAGAAAAGCAGUAUGAAUUCCUGGCAGAAGGUAGUGAGGAUGAAGCCAGAACAUGGGAGUUUGGUUGGUUGCUGGGUUUUUUCCUUAUAGCAUUACUAAGGUGUAGAUUACCUACUCAGUCACACAGUGCUCCAGGUGAGUCUUACUGCUUUGGGGACCAUCUGUGGCACCUGGUGUCGAGCUCUGCAUUUAUUCCCUUGCACCACUGGGACAGACUCCAGACCAGAGAGGAUUUUAACACUACAAGGGAUAGUUUCUCUUGGAUUUUUUUUUUUUUUUUUGCUACAUGCUGAUGGGGUUUUAAGCGUUAUUUUGGAAUUCUGAGUUUGUCUAAGCAAUUUUCCUUUCUGAACUUUCUUUCCUUCAAUUAAUUAAAAUAUGCCCAUGAAGGGGCAAAAAAAAAAAAAACCAACAGGGUUUUGUUGUUGCAGGGGCAGCACUCACUAAUACUGUGACACAGGCUUGGUCUAGUUGUGAGAAGUUUAAGACACUAAGAACACAGGCUAAUUACUCUAAUUGCUACUAACCAACCACAGGGAACACAGUGACUUGGGUGAUGAUCAUUGGGUGCUCUGAGGCAGUCUGUGGGGCAAGGACUCAGUGAGCUUUCUGCUCAGCAGCUGGAUCUUGGGUAAAGGGGAGGUAGAGAAGGUAGAAGACUUGAAGGAACAGGAACUAGUGCUGUAGAAAUGAAUGAGAAGGACCUCCAGUAACAGAUUGUGGACACUACACCCCCUUAUUUAAAUGCUUGAAGGCAGCUUGUCUUUUAGGAGAUUUUGAAACUCUACCGGUUGUUACAGUGGAAAAUAAUUUCCUUCCAGCUUUCCCAAGAUGCCAAAGAUGCUUUCUGAGCUAAAUUCCAGGUAUGCAGAUGUGUGUAUACCAGUCUCUUGUUGCCAGGGGUCUCAUACUGCUGAUCUCUAGCACAUGUCUGGUGAGACAACAGGGGGCCACUCUUAGAUAUUGUGUGUGCCUUGCCUUUAACCAACACUGGGAACUGGGUACACACUUGCAAGGGACAGUUUAGCAAACAAAGCUGUGCCCAUGGCACCCUGCUGGCUGAUUUGGUGCAGCACAAUAAUGUUUGUACUUAUAAAAGAAAAACUAAAUGUUUUGUCAUAGGUUUUGAUUGGAAGUCUUAGGCCUCCUAGUGGACUGCAGUGGACCAGAAAUGAACUGGAGCAGCAGUUUGGGUUAUAGCUUACACUAAUUGUUACCAGUCACUGGGAAUAUUCUGUAUAAUACUGGAGAUGCAAGUGUGUCAUUGCAAUGAUGAUUUGUCUGUGCAGCAAACUUGUGCUGAGUGCUGUAAAUACAUUCAUGUUUACUGCUUUAAAAAGAAGAUUGCACAUUUUAUCUUUCAAUGGGAUUGCCUCCCCUCUUCUUCCCUUUCCAAACAGAAAGAAAAAAAAAAAUCAAAGCUCUUUUAGACUGAUAGUGUCAGGUUGGGGGGAGCUUUGCCAUAUUAUAAAUAUAUAUAAAUAUAUGUAUAAAUAUACUUUUUUAAGCAUGAGAGAGGACAAAAGAAAUACUACAUUAUAGAGUACCCAAUAUAGAGCAUUAUACAAUGGAAUAUGCACAAUUCAAUAAAGAUGUAGUUAAAUUUAA